GCCAUCGUACUCUCUUUCGGUUACCAAAAAGAUCGACCAUACCCGCGCAACCCAAAACCCUCUACUUUCCGAUCGCUCUCUCUACCAGAUUCUGCAGUGACCAGCAAUGGCGAGUAGCGAAGCAGUGCAGCACCAAAGCGACGAUCACAGAGAAGAUGAUGAGAACGCGCCAGCAGAGGACGAGGACACCGGAGCUCAGGUGGCUCCCAUUGUCAAGCUCGAAGAAGUGGCUGUCACCACUGGCGAGGAAGACGAAGAUCCGAUUCUAGAUCUGAAAGCGAAGUUGUAUCGAUUUGACAAAGAAGGUAAUCAGUGGAAGGAGAGAGGCGCCGGAAGUGUUAAGCUGUUGAAGCACAAAGAGACUGGCAAGGUUCGGCUUGUAAUGCGCCAAUCGAAGACUCUAAAGAUCUGCGCUAACCAUCUAGUUUUUCCAACAAUGACCGUGCAAGCACACGCUGGGAGUGAUAAAUCGUGUGUCUGGCAUGCACCUGAUUUUGCGGAUGGGGAAUUGAAGGAGGAGCUAUUCUGCAUUAGAUUUGCUUCUAUUGAGAAUUGCAAAACCUUCAUGGAGAAGGUUCAAGAGGUUGCUGAAAGUCAAGUAAAGAAAGAGGAAAAUAAAGACGCUACAGCCGCUGCUGAACUUCUUGAGAAGCUGAGUGUUGGAGAUAGUGAAACCAAGGGGAAAGAAGAGGAAAAGGUGCCUGCUGAAGCGAAAAAGGAUAAAGAUGUCGAAGAUGAGAAAGCAACGACGGAAACAGAUAAAAAGGAUUGACCUGCUUCACCAUCUGGCACAAGGAGAUCAGUGAAUUGUGUUUUACUUUGGGGAUUUGGUUGGUGCAUGUUAUUAUUUGACUGGUUUUGAGGCGUACUGGUAUUUGCAUUGCAGAGGUGGUUGUGUUGUUGCAUGUGAAUUGGAAGGGGCAGCAUGUUGUCGUCCCAGGGUUUUAAGUGGGCAUAUAUUUUGCUUAUCAAAAAAAAAAAUGGUGGGCAUAUAUUUAUGGUUCUUGG